AUGAAGAUGCACUUCUGCAUCCCGGUGUCCCAGCAGCGGCCAGACUCGCUGGGGGGCCGCUACGUGCUGUACUCCGUGUACCUGGACGGGUUCCUCUUCUGCAAGGUACGCUACAGCCAGCUGCACCGCUGGAAUGACCAGCUGAGACGAGUGUUCGGAAACUGCCUGCCCCCUUUCCCACCAAAGCACUAUCUGGCAAUGACCGCCACCAUGGCUGAAGAGAGGAGGGACCAGCUGGAACGAUACCUGCAGAAUGUAACUGCGGACCCUCGUGUGACAAGAAGCGAUGUCUUCACCCAGUUUUUAACCCUGGUGCAGAUGCACACAUUGAACAUCACCACCCAGAAAACUACUCUGGCUGUAUUUCUGCCCAACGGAAGCAACAUUAAUGUGGAGGUUCUCACGUCAGACACAGCUGAAAGGACUCUUGAGGUGGUGGCGCACAAACUCGGACUGUAUCCAGAACUCUUGGGCUACUUCGGCCUCUUUCUCAUUCGGUGUUUCCCGGAGGGCAAGAUCUCUGUUGUGAAGAAGCUGGCUGACUUUGAGCUGCCGUCCACUAGUCUUCAGAGUUCUGAGCUGGAAGACUGUAAGAUAGGACUCAGAAAGUGGUACCUGGACCCGGCCCUGGACUCUGUUCUGAUGGACUGCAGAGCAGCUGGAGACCUGCUGUACAUGCAGGCAGUACAAGACAUUGAAAUAGAAUGGGUGAAACCCACACAGGCUCAGAGGGAGGAACUAAGGGUGCUCCAGGAGGAGGAGAACCAAACAAAGUUUCUGGAGCUGUCCCAGGAGGUCCGGCACUACGGGUACAUUCAGCUGGAUCCCUGCACCUGCAACCACCCAGAACCUGGCUGUGGGGCUGUCCUUUCCAUCGGCAACAACGAGAUCAGCUGCUGUGUGACCCUGCCGGACGGCCAGACCCAGGACUUUGCUUUCCAGAUGAGCCGGGUGAAGUGCUGGCAAGUCACCUUCCUGGGAACUCUGCUGGAUACAGACGGGCCCCAGCGAACUCUCAACCAGAACUUAGAGCUGAGAUUUCAGUACAGUGGAGAUAGUCUCCAGCCCUGGUUUGUUGUUUACAGCAAACAGGCUUUUUUCCUGAGUAGCUGCCUGAAGAAGAUGAUCUCAGAGAAGAUGGCAAAGCUUGCUGAGGAGAACCCAGAAAUGCAGAUCGAGGUUCCAGAACAAGACAGAAGUAAGAAGCAGCCAAAUCAGGUCUGUGAGUAA